AUGGCUGAUGAAGUGAGUUCGGCCCCAAUAACGCCAAGAGUGAGUUCGGCCCCAAUAACACCAAGGCCAAGGCUGCCUCCGUCCCAUAACCCGACGCCACCGGUUUCUUGUCCGCCGUCCCAAUUCCAUUCCCCGUCCCUAUCCCGAUCACCUCUCCUAUCGGUUGAUACAAAUAUCACACCGGCCAAGACCCCAAAUAGGUUGCGUACCCCACGGUUCUUAACACCCUUGAUCACUCCAUUAGGAAGCCCACUUAGGAAAGCCUUAAGGCUUACCAAGCUUGAUCCACAAGAUGCAUGGCUUCCCAUCACCGAGUCGAGAAAUGGAAACGCUUAUUAUGCCGCCUUUCAUACCUUGUGCUCCGGUAUUGGUAUCCAAGCUCUCGUCCUUCCCGUUGCCUUCACCAUUCUUGGUUGGACUUGGGGGAUCAUAUGUACAUCCAUUGCAUUCAUAUGGCAACUUUACACUCUUUAUUUGUUGGUCCAACUCCACGAAUCACCCGAAACCGGAAUACGUUAUAGCCGGUACCUACAACUCAGCAAUGCAACCUUUGGUGAGAAGUUCUCCAUGGUUCUAACGAUGUUCCCGAUCAUGUAUCUCUCCGGAGGCACUUGUGUUGCCCUAAUCAUCAUCGGGGGAUCGACGUCGAAGAUGAUAUUUGACUUGGCUGCAUGCGGAGCUGGAUCGGUUUGCACGAUGCACAAACUGACAACGGUUGAAUGGUACUUGGUAUUCACGUGUGCGGCUGUGUUAUUGUCUCAACUCCCAAACUUGAACUCGAUCGCGGGGGUUUCCUUACUUGGUGCCAUCACAGCCGUCGGGUAUUGUACUAUUAUAUGGGUGUUGUCGGUUUCGGAAGGGAGGGUUGAUAACGUGUCCUACAAUCCGGUCAGAGAAGGAAGUGAGAUCAACCGGUUCUUUAACAUUAUGAAUGCACUUGGGAUCAUUGCAUUUGCUUUCCGAGGCCAUAACCUAACCCUAGAGAUACAAGGUACCAUGCCAUCAAGCGAGAAGCACCCUUCCAGCGUGCCGAUGUGGAAGGGUGUUCGUGUUGCUUAUGUUAUUGUCGCUCUUUGUUUGUUCCCACUUUCAAUUGGCGGUUAUUGGGUAUAUGGUUCCAAGAUUCCUACUAACGGGGGCAUGCUAACAGCUUUGUACACAUUCCACGGACAAGACGCUCCAAAAUCUCUAUUAGGUUUUACGAGCAUAUGCGUGAUUAUUAACUCAUUAAGUUCAUUCCAAAUUUACGGAAUGCCUAUGUUCGACGACAUGGAAUCAAAGUUCACAACCAGGAUGAAGAAGCCGUGUCCAUGGUGGUUGCGUGCCAUCCUACGUGCAUUUUUUGGGUUUGGGUGCUUCUUUUCAGCGGUUGCCACACCUUUCUUGGGAAGCAUGGCAGGGCUCAUUGGAGGGACAGCUUUGCCAGUGACUUUGGCAUACCCUUGCUUCAUGUGGCUCAAGUUAAAGAAGCCUAAAGCUUAUGGUUCGGUGUGGUGGCUCAAUUGGACUUUGGGAGUGGUUGGAAUGGGACUAAGUGUUUUACUUAUUGCAGCUGGAUUAUAUGUUGUGAUUGAGACCGGCAUUGAAUUUAGUUUCUUUAAUCCCUAACUUAAUUCUAGACUUCCUUAUUUUCCCAUAUAUAUAUAUGUAAUUGUAGAAAGCAAGAGCAGAAAGUUGAAUUUAAAAUUAUAAAGGAAUCAUUAUUAGAGACUUAGAGUAACAUUCUUUGUUGUUGC